AUGUCAGUAGAGCACUUAACGUUCGACCUUGAUUCAAUUCUUCGUGAAUUGGGACCUUUUGGGCGAUUUCAACGGAAGAUUUAUACUUUUUUCUCGAUUCCGUUCAUUUUUGCGGCAUUUUUUGCGUUGAGUUAUGUUUUUACAACGGGAGUUGUUCCUCAUAGAUGCUUGAUACCCGAAUGUGAGUCCCAAAACUCGUCAGAAUGGAUUUCCUUCGCUAUUCCAAAGAGAUUUAACAAGACUUUUGAGCAAUGUUUGCGAUACAAUUCAACUUCGAUGGAGGCGUCUUGUACUUUUGAUGCUUUUAAUCGUUCGGAUGUCAUCAGAUGUGAAGAAAUUGUGUUCGAGACUCAAGAGAAGACGAUUCAAACGGAAUGGAAUCUCAUCUGUGAAGAAAAUAAAUGGAAAUUAACAAUUGUUGGUACAUUAAAUGUGGUUGGGCAAUUUUUUUGCAUACCUAUUAUUGGGAUUAUUUCUGAUCGAUUUGGAAGAAAAAUCGCUUUAAUAAUUGGAAUGUUAGGAGGCGGAAUUUUUGGUACAUUACGAGCUUUUUCCCAAAGUUACCCGAUGUUCCUUCUUUUGGAGUUUCUUGACACUUUUUGCAGUUCAGGAGGAUCUAACGUUGCUUACGUCUUAAGUUUGGAAUAUCUUCAACCGCAACAUCGAAGUAUGGGAGCGAUGGUUUUCAGUAUUAUGUAUCCUGUUGGAAUGAUUUUCAUCGCACUUUUAGCGAAUUACCUUCAAAAUUGGCGUCAUCUCCUAUUAUCGCUUUAUGUCCCAACUUUUAUCGGAUUUUUCUACUUUUGGCUCAUUCCAGAGAGCAUGAGAUGGCUUCACAGUAAAGGUCGAUUGGAUGAAAUUUCAAAAAUUGUUCAUUCAGCAGCUAAAAUGAACAAAGUUGAACUUUCAAAAGAAACGCUUGAAAUGUUAAAAAUUCCUCCGAGAAAUUUAGAGACGGAAAAAGUGACCAAAAGUGAAUCUGUUUUGUCAAUUUUUAAGUACAAGAAAAUGUUUUUCAUCGUCGUCAAUUGCUCGUUUUGUAUUUGUGUCAAUUCAUUGGUUUACUUUGGAUUGAGUCUCAAUUCUGUGACGUUAGCGGGAAAUAAAUACCUGAAUUUCAUUUUAAGCAGUUUUGUUGAGUUUCCAUCACAUGUUUUUGGAUACUUUUUGCUCGAAAAAGCAGGACGACGAUUUUCGAUUUGUUUUUGUACAAUUUCUGCUGGAAUAUGUUGUGUUGUUACGGAAUUGAUACCAACCGAUGAACUUCAAUGGAGAUUCGCCUUUUACUUACUUGGAAAACUCUUAAUAACAACUUCAUUCACGAUAAUUUAUGUUUAUGCAGCGGAAAUGUUUCCAACAUGUAUGAGAAACAGCUUAAUUGGAAUUUGUUCGAUGGCAGGAAGAAUCGGUGCUGUAAUUGCUCCUCAAAUGCCUCUUUUGGCAUCUUUUAAUCCAUCAUUGCCCCUCUAUCUCUUUGGAAGUCUUUCUCUCGCAGCUGGAAUCACAUCUCUCGGCUUUCCUGAAACCUCAAAUGCGAAACUUCCGGAUACCAUUGAAGAAGUAUUGAAUCUAGGCAAACAAAAAAUGAUUAAAAAUAGCGAUUAGUGCUCCAUAAAAUUAAUUUUAUCAUGUAAUUUGUAAUUUAAAAGGAAGUUGACCUUUGAUUUUUAACUGUUGAUCGUUUUUAGGGGAGUG